UGGGAGGCGCGUGAGAGCGGAGGAGGGUAGCGCGCGCUCCUGCUCGGUUGAGUUUUGAUGUGCGCGGCGCAGGGCGAUGUGACGAGAAACAAAAACAGACGCUCGGGAUUAAAGGCGCAUAAACGGGACUUGAAGUUAUCUUGUGGUCUGUUUGUUUAUUUUGUUCUGCCUUCACGUCGGGACGAAACCGUGCCCCGUUACGCACGCGCUAAUCCUCAGACUCGGGUUGCUGGCUGGUGAUGAGUUUAGUGAUGGAGAGCCGAGUCGCGCGCCGCUGUAAGGUUGUAGUAGUGGGUGACUCGCGCUGCGGGAAAACUGCGCUGUUGCACGUGUUCGCUAAGGACUCGUAUCCAGAGAGCUACGUGCCGACAGUAUUCGAGAACUACACAGCGAGCUUCGAGAUCGACAAACGGCGCAUUGAGCUCAACAUGUGGGACACGUCAGGCUCAACCUAUUAUGACAACGUUCGGCCAUUGGCUUAUCCUGACUCGGAUGCAGUUCUUAUCUGCUUUGAUAUCAGCAGACCAGAGACACUGGAUAAUGUGUUAAAAAAGUGGCAGGCUGAGACACAGGAGUACUGUCCCAAUGCGAAGGUGGUGUUAGUGGGCUGUAAGCUGGAUAUGAGGACGGACCUGAACACACUGCGAGAGCUGUCCAAACUCAGACUAAUCCCCGUCACACACGAACAGGGCACUUCUCUGGCACGGCAGAUCGGCGCCGCAGCCUACGCCGAGUGCACGUCUAAAAACUCGGAGGACAGUGUGCGGGACGUUUUCCACAUCGCCACGGUAACGUCCGUCGGUUACGACAGCCAGCGCCUGAAGCGCUCCGGAUCACGGCGUGGUCUCAAACGUGCUUCCCAGAAUCCUCAGCGCGCCGAGAUCCUGGAGCAACGCAAAGACCGGGCUAAGAGCUGCACGCUGAUGUAGGGGUCACGCCCCGGUGACGUCACCUUCUACUACAACAUGAACUCGCUUUCUAUUUUAUGUUUUUUUUUUUUUUUAGCAUUAAAUUUGAUAUCAGAAUCUGCGCUCAGAGUCACAGACGUCUCGAACAGAUCUAUUUAUUAACCUUAUUUUUUUAGCGCUUACUUUUUUGGCGUCACACAAAAGCGAGUUGGUGAUUAAAACCGUAAAAACGUUUUUUUUUUUAACACGUGUAUAAAAAAUACGAAUUUCUUGAUGUAUUACCAUUACUUCAAUAUAUUUAUUAACUUUUUAUUAAGGAAAUUUAAAAUGUUUGCAUUUAUUUUUGUUUACUUUUAGAGAAAGUUUCGAGAGAUUUGUUUAGUUCUCUGAAGCGGCCACGAAAAUGCAGAAGGACAAAAAGACUUUUUAUUUUUUUAAUUUUUAUUGACAUUUUGUUUUGUUUUUUAAUGUGGAUGGGUUUGGGAUACAAGGGGAAAGAAAUAAUAAUUAUAGAAAUGUAUCAAAACUCCAGAGUUAAUCACCUGAACUCCACAAGUUGUUGGAGUGAAGAAUCAGCUUUAAAGGACUUUUCUUUUAGUGUUUCCUGUAAGUUUGGUGGCUUCCUCCAGGCUCAUGAUGCCUGAUUCUACAUAUAAGAUUUAAUUCAUCUUUUGCUUGUAUAUAUUAAAAUCUUUGGUUAGCACUGUUGCCUCACAGCAAGAAGGUCCUGGGUUCGAAUCCCGGGUUUGAACAAGCAGGGGUCUUUCUGUGUGGAGUUUGCAUGUUCUCCCCGUGUCAGUGUGGGUUUACUCCGAGUACUCCGGUUUCCUCCCACAGUCCAAAAACAUGUACAUUAGGUUGAUUGGUAAUUCUAAAUCGUCCAUAGGAGUGAGUGUGGUUGUCUGUCUAUAUGUGUGGCCCUGUGAUGGACUGGAGACCUGUCCAGGGUUUAUCCCUGCCUUUUGCCCGAUGUGUGCUGGGAUAGGCUCCAGCAGAUCCCCAUGACCAUAAUUAGGAAUGAAGCGGGUAUAGAAGAUAGAUGGAUGUUAAAAUCUUUGGUUUGUUGCUCAGUGAUCGGAUUGCGUAUGAUGCACUUUAUUUUUUAUUUGAUUUCUUUAUUCCUCUUUAGAUCACUGCUUUGCUGUUUUUACUAUUGGAGUCUUGUGCUGGAAAAAUUGAUGUGUUUUACAGAUGACUUCAAAAUACAGAAAUAUUAAUAAAACUGAUUUGACCAGCACUUGAUUGGACAA